AUGUGCGAUGCAGCCACUCUCUGCCGCUUUUUCACCCCAUUCAAAAUCCUAUUCAACUCACUCACCAUUCUCUCUACCAACAAACUCAUUUUCACAUCAAUCUUCCUUCUCACAACUCUCCCUCUCUCCACUCUCUUAAUCUAUCAAUCCAUCUUCACCCAACAACUCACCAUCCAAAUUCGCCACCUUGAAGCCCUCGCUCACUUCGCUUCAACACAAUUCGAAGCUCGUCACGUUUGGCAUGAAUCUCGUGACGACGCUAUUUUCCUUAUUCGUAUUAAAGCCCUUUUCUCUUUCCCCGCUUAUUUCAUCUCCCUAAUCGCCACUCUCUCCGCCGUUCAUUCUUCCCUCUCAGCCACCUCCCAUGGCAUCACCCCCACCGUUAAUUCCACUAUCAACUCCUUUAAACCUAACAUCAUGCGGUUAUUCGUAACCUCCAUCUUCGUCUACGCUAUUCUCUUCGCUUUUUCAUCUUUGCCUCUCUUCUUAACCGCACUCACCGGAUCGCAUAUCGUCGUUCUUGUAAUCGGAUCGGGUAUCGAGGUUUACUUGAUGGCGGUUUUGAGCGUUGGACUGGUGGUUUCCGUCGCUGAAGAGAGAUUCGGGUGGGAUGCGAUUAAAACCGGAUCCGGUUUGAUGGAGGGAAACCGGUUUUGCGGGUUGGUUCUUUCGGGUUUAUUUGUUUGGGUUUCGAGUUUGAUCAGAUCGAGGAUGAUUGGGAAAUUGAUGGACGGUGAGGAUUCGUCGAUGAGUUUUGAAGAUAAAUUGGUUAUUAUAGUUUGUUAUGGAUUUGUGAUUCUAUGGAGUUAUGUGAUAAUGAGUGUUUAUUACUAUGAGUGUAGAAAACGGCAUCCAAUUAAGGAACCUCAUCUCCAAUUAGAUGAUGAUGAUCAAGAAAAUCAACUCUCUGUACUAUAGUAAUAUAGGAGUACUCUGUUUUUGUGUUGUGUUGUUUAUGUUAUAUUUUUUUUAUUAAGUUGUAGAUUUUUUUAUUUUAAGUUAAAAACUAAGCAGCUUCCUUGCUAA